CACGGCGCGCACGGGGACCUCAUUUCCCGGCGGACGGCGACGGGGCCGGGAUGGCGGUCGGGAAGGAUCUGCUGCAGCUGGACCUCUACGGCCUGCUGGGGAUCGGCGAGAAGGCGUCGGAGAAGGAGGUUAAGAAGGCUUACCGGCAGAAGGCACUGACAUGUCACCCGGAUAAGAACCCAGACAACCCCAGAGCAGCGGAAGUCUUUCACCAGCUGUCCCAGGCCUUAGCUGUCCUCACAGAUACAGCAGCAAGGGCAGCUUAUGACAAAGUGAGAAGGGCAAAGAAACAAGCUGCAGAGAGGACACAGAAACUUGAUGAAAAGCGAAAGAAAGUGAAGCUUGAUCUUGAAGCCAGAGAACGAGAAGCCCAGAGCCGGGAGAAUGAAGAGGAGGAGAUCAAGACAACGAGAACAUUAGAAGAAGAAAUAAUACGGCUGCGUGAAGAGGGCUCCCGACAGCUUGAGGAGCAGCAGAGACUCAUUCGGGAGCAGAUCCGGCUUGAAAGAGAGCAGCACAUCCAAGGCAAACAAGACAGAAAUAGAGCCAAAGAUGAAAUAACUCCUAAACUCAAACUCAAAUGGAAAUGCAGGAAAGAGGACGAGACCAGAGGAGGAUACACAAAAGAUGUUCUGUUGCAGAUCCUGCAAAAGCAGUAUGGAGAUGUGCUCAAUUUGCUGAUCUCCAGUAGGAAGACUGGGAGUGCAGUGGUGGAAUUUGCCUCAGUGAAGGCUGCUGAGAUGGCUGUGAAGAAUGAAGUUGGCCUGACAAAUAAUCCUCUCAAGAUUUCCUGGCUGGAGGGCCAGCCCCAGCGCAGUCCCAGCUCUCUCCUUUCUGACAGCACCAGUCAGCCGAGGACAUCACAGGCCUCAGUGGUGUCGGAGCGGGACUAUGAGAGCCUGGUGAUGAUGAGGAUGCGCCAAGCAGCAGAGAGGCAACAGCUCAUUGAGCAGCUCAAGCGGGAAGAAGAGGAAGAGUCUCACACCUAGCACCAGAGAGUAUGGAUUCUCCCCACUCAUCAGUCUUCAUCUCCAGAGCUGUUUCUUAAAUUAAGCCAAUAAAUCUCCUUUUUUUAAAGCCACUGUAGGAAUAGCAAUUCCCUGUGAGUGCAGCCCUCAUCCCCUUCCAGUGUGGGGAGCAGAAAGGGUGCAGAGUUACUCUGCAUUAACCUGUUGGUCAGUGCACAGAGCAGUUGUCUAGCCAGGUGUGAGGGGUGUUGUCACCCCACCACUGCUUUUAAUUCCUGAAAGGUUGUUCAGGAGCCACGGAUCCAGAAGGUUUUGGUUAAGACAAGCCACAGAAAGAUGUUGGUCUCUUGAGAGGAAUUUUAUUGGUGUUACCCCCAGUAGCUAUGCACAGUCCCAAACCAUCCAGUGUGGCUGUUGCUCAGCUGAGGUUACAAAGCCUGUACCCAAAAUGUCCCCAAGAGUUUCCUGUGCUGUUCUGAGGCUGUUUCAGGAUCAGGGUUACACCCAAACAGCACUUUUGGGGUUGGAAGGCUGCUGCUGCUAACCACAGUCCCACUUGUAGAGGAACCAGGCUUGCUGCUGGGUGAAGGGGUUGUCAAGGAGCACUGCGUAGGUUGGGCACAUCUUGCUUAUGUCUCAGGGAUGAGAUGGAUGCCAUCCAUGCUUGGCUUCUCCUCCCUACUCCCACAGCCCAGGAGAAGACAUGCCCUGACCUCACAGCCCAGCAUGGACCUCUCUGGGGCGGAACAGGCAGAGGACUACUGGAACUUCCUCCAGUGUACACUGAGUAGAUGAUGAUGAAGGUAUGAAGAGAUGGUGUUUUCCAGCCUGCUGUUCAUCUGAGUGCAGAGGUGGAGCCAUCUGCUCUCAAUGCCUGAUUUCAUCUGGACUGGGCAGCCCUUCCUUUCCCCAGACUUGUGAAAGAGCAGGAUGGAAAGCUUCCGCCAGGUCAAGUUGUGCCUCUACACCACUCCCUCCCCUGUGCCCAAGUGCCUGGAGUCAGAGACAGAAAGGAACGGUGGGGGAAGGUUUGCUAUCAGUCCCGUGCAAGGUGAUCUCCAGCAGGAUGUUGGCCAGGAGGAAGGCAGGAGUCUUGCUUGCUACUCCUUGUGGAGGCACCACACCAGGGUCUGCCCCACACCCGUCAUGCUCACCACCCGGUAGCCACAGCUCUCCAGCUUGUUCAGGACAACCCGCGGCGCCUCGUUCACGUAGUACUCGGAGCUGCCAGCAGGAAGGAGCAGAAAGAAAAUGAGGUGGAGAAAGAAGAGAGCAGAAUUUCCUUGUGGAAGCGAAUCUGAACCACAGCAACCACAGCUGGCACCAUGUCUAUGUGACACACUGUCUUGGUUAACCAGAGGAGGAAGGCCAAACCUCUCAUCUACCAAACCAAGGAGAAAGCCUGACCAAAAUGGAAGGGUUGUGGUCAGUUGAAACAUGGUUUGGGGACUAGUUGGCCAAAGCCAUGUGCUGCUUGGUUAGCUGGGCUGAAACUGCAGCAGCAAGGGUUCAUCAGUAUCCACAGCUGGGAGCUGACAGGAAAAGGGGAGGAAGAAAUUCAUGGAAAUAAGGAAAGGAGAAUGGGGCAGGUGUCCUGAGAAAUGACAAACAGCAUGCCCAUGGCAGGGGCUUGGAACUGGGUGAUCUUUAGGGUCUCUUCUAACCCAAACCAGCCUGAUUCUGUGUCUGUGAGUUGAGUGUUUGUAAGAACCUGUAAUAAAAAAUUUGGGGAAUGGAAUAAAA